AAGGCACCAGAGAAGCUAUACAUUCCGACCGUUAUCUCAAUGUUAUCUAAAUCACGAGGUUACAAUGAAGUUUUAGAGAUAGUGUUUAUAAAUCAGAGAGCUAGCUAGUGAGAUCUGUAACAGCAAGGUCCAAAGAGGAACAUACUAAAUUUCAGUUUGUAAAUUGUAGUUAAGCAACUGAAUACAAUACGAUGAGAAAAGGUCUGUUCGUGCUCUUCAUAAUAAUGCUGUGGAUUCGUUCAGGGACUUCUCAAACCGCUAGUACCACUACCAUACGGUGCCGUCUAUGCAACAAUGCUUUCACACUCUCGGACUGCAACAAAUUAGUAACUUGUGACAGCACCCUUGAGGAAUGUUAUAUGGACGAAGUGAUUACAGAGCAAAGGAUGGUAGUUUACCAAGGAGGUUGUCGUGCAAAAGACGUAUGUUCCCGGUCUGGAAAAAGAAACAGCAAAACCACGUGUUCAAGUUGCUGUGGAUUUGAAGAUGACUGCAACAAACGUCUUUGUGGAAUAAAAGACGACACUGUUAAUAUAUCACAAUGUUACUCGUGUGAUCAUCGGAGAUCUGACAGACCGUGUCUCACUUUGACGUCAUGUCAUUCUAAUGAGAUGUGUUACAUGCGACAAGAAGAUGUAGGCGGUGUGGACAGGUUCACCUCAGGAUGCUUAUCAAAAUUAGUGUGUGAACAUUUGAUGAAGCGAGCAUACGAUUUCUUCCGCAUUUGCGGGGCAAACUCAACACUUCCUGAAGCAGGGCUAACAUGGGUGCAAGUAUGUGGAAAUAGAAAUAAUAAACGAGCGACUGCCUUGUGUACUUCCUGUUGUGCUGAUCAAGCUUGCAACUAUGGUACAUGCCAUGAAUUAAACCGAAGACUUUUCUACCUUGCAGAGAACGGCAAGUUCGACAUUAACACACUGAAAGUUGUGUAAUACUCCGUUUGUUUUAAAACAUGUCGCUGAAGAAGGAAAUGUUCAAUAAAUGGUAUCAAAGGA